CAAUUCCCAGAUUAAGCCGUGUUGUUUCUAAAAAAGAAGCAAUUGUUUGGUGUAUGAGCAAAGGACCAUGUUUUGGUUUUCAAGAUUUGUGGAUAGAAUAUAAUGCUUCACAAAAUUCUGAUGUUGGUAAAAGUAAACAACACUCUUAUGAAAUAGGAAUUAUUGACAAAAAUACUUUUGAAAUAGAAGAAUAUGAAAGUACGGUCAUAUUUGUUUGA